AUGAUCGCCAUCAAGUUCCUCGCUCUGGUCGCUCUGGGCGCCUCUGUCACGGCCACCCCAGUUGCCAGUGCCCCUGACGCUGCGACGACAGACUGGACUGCUCUUCCUAUCCCCGAUGAUUGGAUUGACUGGACCGGCGUCGACAAGGCCGCCAUGAAGAACCCGGCCAACUGGAACUCGUCGGCUUCCAGCGACAAGGUCGAGGCCGCCCCGGGCAAGGAGCUCAUCGUCCAGUCCGGCCCCUGCUCCCAGGGCACCUGCCCGGACUUCCACGCGGCCUUCGACCUGGUGUACACCUUCACCGCCGUGCCCGUGCCCGGGGACCCGCCCCUGACCAUCUUCUCGUCGGACUCGGACAUCCGGGUCAACGACUGCGACAAGUGCCUCCGCCACAAGGUCGGCAGCAGCCUGGGCAACUCCGUCCCCGGCGGGUGCUACAACUUCAAGACCUGCGGCCGGGACCAGGUCAUCUGCGUGGACCCGGACAAGUACCGUGCCCACCGCAUCUGGAAGGACAACGGCCACAAGACGUGCUACAACAUGAAGGUGGACAGGCUGGGCGAUUGUGGCUUCAUCAAGACGCGCAUCGUCAUUCACCCUACUGGUGAGACUGCUUGUACCUGGUAA